UACAUUUCCCGAUUUAAAACAGCUUAACUCUUCUUGCUGUCGUUAGUUAGCAAACGUGAGCUAACCAGUCAGACCGUUUCUUUGGUUUGACGGUGGCCAACUAGCUAUGCUAACUAGCUAGCUAGCUGGGGUAAUUCUUUGGGAGGUGAUUGGACCAUAUCUGAACACAGCUUGUUUGCAUAAUCUUGCCUAGUCUAAAGCGACAUCAUCUUCGUCACCACCAUGCCCUGUGUGCAUCUGCUCUUGGCUCUCUGUUUCGGCGCUGCUGCAGCGGUGGAGGUCCAGAGGCCCCGCGGUGUUCCUCUGUCAAAGAGGGAGUUCUAUGAAGAGAAUAAGCCAUUCACCUGCUUGGAUGGAUCCCGCACCAUUUCCUUUGAUAGGGUCAACGAUGACUACUGUGAUUGUACAGAUGGCUCUGACGAGCCAGGCACAGCUGCUUGUCCCAAUGGUAGUUUCCACUGCACCAAUUCAGGUUUCCGCUCCGAAUUCAUUCCUUCCUCCCGCAUCAACGACGGCAUCUGUGACUGCUGUGACACAACUGAUGAGUACAAUAGCGGAGCCACAUGCCAAAAUACAUGCAGGGAACUGGGGCGCAAGGAAAGAGAGAGCCUGCAAAAGAUGGCUGAGGUCGCCAGAGAAGGCUUUCUACUCAAACAGCAGCUGAUACAUGAAGCCAAGAGAGGACUAGAGGAGAAACAGACCAAACUGUCAGAACUUCAGGCCAGUAAGAAAGGCAUGGAGGAAACGACAGAGGCCCAGAGAACGGUGAAGGAGGCUGCAGAGGAGCCGGAAAAAGAAGCUAAAGACCGCCAUCUAAAGGCCUGGGAAGAUCAAAAAGCCGUCAUGCGUGCAGAGAAAGACAAGGCCAGGAUGGUUGAAGCUUUCAUGGAACUUGAUGACAAUGCAGAUGGCUUUGUCACAGUGCCAGAGCUUCUCUCCCACAUUGAGCUGGACCAAGACUCAGAUGGUUUUUUGACAGAAGUAGAAGUUCAGGGAUUGCUGGGAGGAUCAGACAAAGUGGACACUGUGGGCUUUGAGACUGUUUGGAGCAACAUCAAAGACAAAUACAUAUCAGAAGCCCCAGCAGACAGCCCGGCACUGGCAGAGACACCCCAGGAAGAGGUGAGGGAGCCUGUUCGUGACAAUGACUCCGACCAGUACCUGGAUGAGGAUAUCCCAGAAGAGGAGGAGGAGGAGGACGAGGAGGAAGAUGAGGAGCCAGAUGAGGAAGAUGACAAGGUUCCUCCUAAAUUGCGUACCCAAGAGAAGAAGGAGGAUGAGGAGGUAGCCAUGCCGCCAUAUGACGAGGAAACACAGAGCCUUAUUGAUGCUGCUCAAAAAGCCAGGGAUGAGUUCAACGAGGCUGAGAGAGCUCUCCGUGAAGUGGAAGAUCAGAUCAAGAGCCUUGAGAAGGAGAUUUCCUUUGAUUUUGGGCCAGGUGCUGAGUUUGCCUACCUCUACAGCCAGUGUUAUGAACUAACUACCAGCGAGUACAUCUACAGGCUCUGUCCGUUCAACCGAGUAUCCCAGAAACCCAAGUAUGGGGGAUCGGAGACUAGCCUAGGAACCUGGGGUACAUGGGCGGGUCCUGAGGGCAACGUGUACUCUAUGAUGAAGUAUGAACAUGGGACAGGCUGUUGGCAGGGCCCCAACAGAUCCACAAUAGUGAAGUUGACUUGUGGUAAGGAGACAGUCGUCACCUCCACCUCAGAGCCCAGUCGCUGUGAGUACCUGAUGGAGUUCAUCACCCCCGCUGUUUGCCAGGAGCCUCCAAACCUCAACUCCACUUUCCAUGGGCACGAGGAGCUGUAGAGUCCUCUAGUUGUUGUUCAUAUGGGACCACAGCCAGCCAACUCAAAUCUCUGCUACAACAAGCUUCAGCACUCGGACAUCUGCCAGCAACCAGUCCUGGAGGAGAGGAAGUCCACAGUGUUGUUAUCGUUGGCUCGCCACACAUCCAACAUCCGCUGCUUGCUGUUUUGUUUUGGGUUUUUUCCCCCUCCGAUAGAAUUGUGUCAGACAUAGUUUCAUUCCAUUUUUUUCUAAUAAAGUUCUUUUUAACAU